AUGUUAUCGGACUACAACAAGAGUAUCAGCAGCAGUCAUAGUGUCAAAGCUUCAUUGGCUUCUGGUCCCUCGAAUGGUGUUGUCGGGCAAAUGCUCCGGCAGUACCUGGGCAAGGGUUCAGACGUUUCAGAAGGAAACUGCACAGUCCAACCCGAACCCUCAUCCGGGUCGGAUCAAGCGAGUUUCGACCUUGACACCUACAUCAGUCCUGGACGCCCUCUGACCAAUCGUGUGCAAGCGGUAUCCUCAGCUGGGUUCGAUCCUCACUUCAAACGGCCUAGACCUGUAUCAUCUAUAGGACAGCCAGAACAUGAGUGGGAAAGCCCAAACUCAGAACUUCAAUCGUACGCAGUACCUGCAGCAGCGAGGCAAUUUCAGUACGGAGACACGUUAUCUCAGUCACUGUCGGCAGCAACAUCGGUCGUGACAUUUGAGGUGCCCUCCACCUUUUACAUGGAACUGCAGAUCACCAAGUGUCUUGGUGAUUUUGGCAAGUGCAAGUUCCACGACCAGAAAUUGAUUCGGCCAUUCACCUCAGCAGAGUUAGCAUUAGCCAAAUGGAUCUGUCAGGCUGUCUCCACGUGCUCUCUCGAAAGAAAGUCGCUCAGAGAGCAAAUUCUUGAAAUCGACCGAGAUCGCUUCAAGUCAUCAAGAACCCUCUUAGCAGAUACCCAUAUGCUUACUAGCACUGUCAAGGAACGUUUGAUUUUUUACAGAUACAUUUUGCAAAUGCAAAUGCACAAUCAGAAGAUACACAGGGACGGCUUGUGUAUGGUUUAUCAGCAGACAUGCCCCAAGAAUUUUACCAAUCACUGCCUUAGCGGAUACAUGCCGGCACAUCUGAACAAGGCCUUUCAAGAAGCAGAAGACUUGUUACGAAAAUAUCAUAUACAGAUGAGGGAGCAUAGCUAG